GAAAUAGUCCCUUUGGAGACCCCAGCCUCGCUCAGAUCAAAUUGGCAAUAAAUGUAACACAAAGCAGUAUACAGUUUGGUCUAGGGGCUCCGAUGAAACUAUCCCCUAUCGUCUUUCUAUCCGAGUAGAGUGUUGCUUUACCGUCUUUGCUUACCACGAACCAACUGGGCCGACGUUCUUGCUCUUCGAUUUCUUGGAGUUUCAUUGACUUCUAAUUUCAUUGACAUCUGCGGCAUAGCUGCAAAUCAGCAAAUAUGCGGCAGAUCGAGUUACGUCCGGACCGAAAGUUGUUGAAAUCCAACUUUGAAGGCUACAAAGUGUCGCUCGAUACGAUUCCAGUGUUUCGCACUGAGCUGCCGACCACACGCCAGGCCCGCAGGACGCAUCCCAAUAAACACCAGUAUUCUUACCAUCACGCCCGGCUUUUCGGUUUGCACAAUCAUCUCGUACGCGACCCAUGGAACUCGGGACAAUGCUACUUCGUUGAUGUUGCCGGAUUUGUUCAGCGCGUACAGUAUGAGCCCAAAUGUGGGCGUAUCAAACCAAUUAGCCAUGUGUACAAGGUUUCGUUUCGUCCUACGGAGGAUGUUUCUGGAGGCACAGCAGGCUCGUACAACUGCUCGCUAGUAUUCAUCUCGGAACGGAUCGGUCUGCUGGCCGAUGGGCAGGGAAUGAUACACGUGCUGGAUACGGGAGACCGGUCAACUUGGUCGGAAUGGAAAGCAAAAAGUGUCCUUCCAGAGCAAAGCGACAACGAAACUUCCCACCUUCCGGUUGGAGGGAGUAUCCUGCUGGACGCACAACUUGCCUAUGCCGAUAACAGUCAACGGCGGAUCCACGCCAUCGCCUUGCAGGUGCAGCAGAACUCAGAGCAUUCGUUUGAACCGGUACUGCAUUGGUUUAGGCUCGACCAACGGCAGGAGGGAUCGGUGAAGCCAAGCCAAGGUACCACAGAGUGGGAGCCAACUGUUUCAUGUGUGUUGCGAGGUGGCGGAUUCCCUCGCUACUGCACACUUGACUAUCAAGGAGCAGGAUUGCUGGUGGCAAGUGAUAAAUCCUUCCACUUUACCUAUGAUUCAACAAAUCCACUCGUUACAAUCGAUCCGGUAACGCCUGACGCUAAUCACACCCAGCAGGAAACGGUGGAACCCGAACAGUGUCCUUUCAACUGGAACCAAACAAUCGACGAUGUCAAUGUGCACUUCAUAAAGCGAGACGGAGUCCAAUUUGAGGUGGUGCGUAAUCCCAGUUUCUACGUUACGGCGAAUGCACAGGCUGUUUUGGACGUCUCGAAGUUUUUCGGCCAAAUCGAUUCGAGCGCCACCACCUGGACGUCGGAUCAGCGAGGUUUGCAGAUCACGUUCCGGAAGACGUUGACCGGUGUAAUAUGGCCAUCUCUUUUCGCCGCUAGCCCAGAAGAAAACGUGCCGGAGAGCGAGAGUGGCCCAGAUGGACUAGUACAAACAUCACGUGAUUCGCCUUUCGACAACAUCGCACCGAAUCUAAAUACUCCGUUGGAGGAGUGCGAUUUUGGUGAAGCAGGCGGGGAAGAGCAGUACUUCACCCUCGAGCGCAUCGCCCGUGAGACAAACCGUGUAACAAACCGCGUUUCUCUCGGUACUGGACCUCCCCUGUUUUCCGUUCGCAUGCGCCCCGCCGCACCGGAAGCCCUCGUACUACGCUAUGAUGUGGACGCUUUGCUGUGGCAACCGCAGCCACCGCCAAUCGCUGGUUGGACGAUGGAGGGCGAUGAAUGGAAUUUGCUUCACGAGGGUACACUGCAAGCAUUUGGCUAUGUCCAAGCGUCUAAACGGCGCCAAAAGUAUCUUGCUUGUGCACCGGACCUACGGUAUGCAGCCAUUUGUGAAUCUGAGCGGUUGCUGUUCAUCUACAGAGGCAGUCAUCACGGGGGAAGCGGAUUGCGGCAACGUAAUGGGCCACAAGUAUCGCUAGGCCAGCAGCAUCUUGUGAGUCUGGAUGAUGGGAGCGAAAUUAUAGGCAUUUGCUGUGAAAACGAAGCAAUUCUAUUGCUGACCGAAAAAUCGCUUUUUACGGUGCAGCUAGAGAUCGAGGAGUGAUCAGUCGAGGAUACUAAUUUUCGCGCCGAAAAACAAACCAACACGACCAAGACAAAAACAACAGCAACCACAUACAUUCACUCUAUUUUAUUAAACUAAAUUUUUAGUUUCAUAUCACAAACUAUUUAUUUACUUCAGUCUCCGAUGUUUAUUAGUGGAGGCCAAAACAAUCGUCGGUGAGGUUGUGCAGACACAUGCAGUACUGAAUAAAUUAAGGAUGGCAUGCACUACACCCUCCUGUUUAUCGUGAGGAGAAUCAUUCCGCG